AUGUUAGCAAUUUUUCGAAUCCUUAUUUUUAUUUCAGUUUGUGACAAAAUAGUUUCACUUCCCAAUGACAUUGAAAAAUGCAGAAUUAACGAUGAUAAGUGCUUAGUAAGAUCAUCAAACAAAAUUCUAAGAAAAUAUUAUGGAGGAAUAACAGAAAUCGAUCUUCAAUCUCUCGACCCAUUCGUAGUUGAUAAACUUAAAGUCCUUCAUGAUUAUGGAGUCAUCAAAGCGAAUGGAACAGUUUAUAAUAUCAAUUUGAAAGGACUUUCGUCGACAAUAAUUGAAAAACUUUCAGGAUUUGAUAAAAAUCUUCUAGAAAUCAAUUUUAAAGUUCCAAGAUUACAUGUCAAAGGGUUCUACAUAGCUACUGGUAGUGUCUUUGGAAUCCCAAGUCAAGCUGAAGGAAUUUUUACUCUCAAUUUUUAUGAUUUUAGUGGCAAAUUGAAAAUCAAACUUGAACGAUUCACGAGAAAUGGAAAGGAAUACUUCAGAACUGUUGGAUCAGACAUGAGCUCUGAUGUGAGAUCUGGAGAUAUGGACGCAUCGUCAUUAAGUAGAUCAAUAGUUUGGAUAAUAAACCAAGGUUUUGAUGUGGUCUUGAAAAGCAGCAUGAAAGCAUAUGUUGGAGAUGUUUGGACUAAAUUUUAUGAAAAUAAAAUCAAUACAGUUCUUAAUAAAGUUCCAAUUCGAGAGCUGUUCUUAGAAUAA